CAUGCACAGUCAUCAGUCACCGGGAAGUUUGGUUAGUCGUCGGACGUCACUCCCGCUAAAGAAGCUGACAAAUAUUCGACGAAAAAUGCGGUUUUCAUGAGGGCAGCGCCCCACGCCUGGUUACUGUGUACACAGGCACAGGUAUAAAAGGCAGGGCGAUAAGCAGGUACGUUAGACCACGGACCAGACCUGCCGACAACCGCACGUUCUACUCAUCACUCCCAGCAACUCCAACCACCAACAGAUCCAACCAGCCUGUACAGAAGACGCUGAAAUCUACAUUUCACAUCAUCAAACGUACUUUUUUUCUAACUUGUGAACGAACACUGUUAAAGUUCUUUUUUCCCACGUUUUCGAAGUAUUAUUGAGAUGUCAAUCAAACUAGCUACCGUGCUCCUGGUGUCUGUCGCAGUCUUCGCGUCAUCAUCCAACGCCAAGCCGGUCCAGAAAAGUGAGCGUGCCCCACCACUCUGGAGCUGUGCGGGAGGCCACGGGCUCCAUCCCGACCCUGAGGACUGCGGCCGGUUCUACCAGUGUUCGCCUGGACAUCGACCCUUCCACCUGUCCUGUCCGACCGGUCUGCACUUCGACCCGGCCCUGCUGGUCUGUAACUGGCCCGGAUCCCUGGCAACGCCGUGUGCCUCUACUCUGGAAGAAACUGUCGAUGAGGAGAUCUGCCCAGUGCCCAUCCCUCCGAGUCACGGCACCAUGGCCGGAAGUGACGUCAGCAUCGGGGCGACCUACACCUUCUCCUGCCACCCGGGGUACCAGCUUCAGGGGGCUAGCAGCAUCACCUGUACGGAGGAGGGCUGGUCCGCGGAGUACCCCAUCUGUCAUCCCAUCCGUUGCGGCAAGCCGGCUAUCCGGUCUAGGGGGGCUACUAAGAACCGGAUCGUGGGCGGCCACGAGGUUGUUCCGGGUAGCCAGCCGUGGGUGGUCUCCUUCCAACACCCGCUGUACCCCCUGCCCAAGUUUAACCUGUGCGGCGGAUCUCUCAUCGCUCCUAACCUGGUGGUCACCGCAGCUCACUGCUUCAGACCUCUGAACGUCAAACCUCAGGUCGGCUGGGUGGCUCAUCUCGCCGAGCACAACUUGUACGAAGACGAGGGACGCGAACAGAACAUCACAGUUCAGGACAUCAUGGUUCACGAAGACUUCUCGUACGACGUUCUCACGAACGAUAUCGCCCUGGUCCGACUGUCACAACCCGCUAAGAUGAACGACUAUGUGUCGCCCAUCUGCCUGCCGGAGGAAGGAGAGAAAGUUGAGCAGAACGCGCUCUGCACUUCUGUCGGCUGGGGCUAUACAAAACCACUGGCUUAUGGAGAAAUGCAAACCGGUGAACUGCAGUCCCCCACUCUUCAGGAGAUAGAGAUUCCUGUGGUGUCUAACGAGAAAUGCAGCACGAAACUUCCCGACUACGAGAUCUACCCAGAACAGAUGUGUGCUGGGUACGAGGAGGGCGGCAUCGACACAUGUGUGGGUGACAGUGGUGGCCCCCUGGCUUGUAACGACGGUAGUGGCAGAAUGACCAUCCAAGGCAUCACCAGUUUCGGCGACAAAGGCACAUGCGCACAGCCCGCCAAGCCUGGCGUCUACAGCAGGGUGUCUGCCUUCGUCUCCUGGAUACGGGAACACGUGACCGACAAGGAAUGGGCCGCCAUUGGUUCGUACGUGUGACACGUCAAGAGAUGCAGACACUCCCAUUGGUCAAUUCAAAGACCAGGUGGUUUUAUAACGACAAUUGGCCGGGACGUUUGUCCAUGACACGUUCUGCCAUUGCCAGAAGACUGCCUCAAUGUGUCGGUCAGGUAUUCGAUAGACGGGACACCAAUAAUUGUCAUUCUUUCCCAGGGGCAUACCAAGGCACAUUAGUGCAGAGUUUUGUCUUGUCAUAGUACCACAGAAUAAACCUAGGUGUUGACAUCAUAACCGUUAAGAAACCAGUAUUACCUGAAGUAGCAUUCAAUAGUACUCAAGUCUUAUUCGUAAAGAUGUCAAUGUGAAGAAAAUAUAAUUUGACCGAGACAAAUCCAUUUGACGGUACCAUACGGAACCACAUGUACAAUGGAUGCUUAGAAACAUCACCCAAAAGUAGACUAUCAUCAUCUAUCUGGUGAUCACUAACAGUAUUCACUUAUUCUUUGUUGGACAUUUAGGUUAGUUUUAUGUUCUGGAUGUUUUUCUCUUUGUUUACGUACACGUAAAGCAAUUGAUGGCACAUUCACAUUUACAGGUGAUUAUAACAUGUAUGUACAAAAGGUCGAAGACUGUAGGCCUUUCAGAAAACUUUGAACAGAACUCUACAUGAUACUACACCAAAGGACUUGUCCCAUUUUUUGUUUUCAAAUAUGAUAUUUUAGGAUGUUGUUCAGGUAGCCUUUUGCUUAAUUUAUUCCUUACCACACAUUUCUUUGUAUAAUUUGGACGUUGUUCUUUUUUUUCACAAUUUUGUUACUCGUGGUGUUUUUGAUAAAGUGUUUAUUUGUACUUGCCGUGUCAAAAUAAAACAUAUGAAUUUU